ACGAACACAGCACCCAGGGAACGGUACACCGCACAUUUCACCUUCAUAUCAACAAUCAUCCACAAUUCUCACAAUUCAUGACGGUAUCUGCAUCAAGCUUAGUCAGACUUUGAUCCCAUUCUUCUGGCCGAUAGACGCGCAGCAAGCGCCAGGAUCUACGAAAUACACUUGGCGAUGAAUGCCCUUUCGCGGCGAGAAGAGGAGACGCUGAUGAAGGUCACCAAAGCCCGUGCGUUGAAGGAAUGUGAUGCCGUUGUUCGCCAAUUCGCCGACUGUGCGACUGGCAGGACAGUAUCCGUAGUUUGGGCGUGUAGAGGGCAGCAUAAGGCGAUGCAAGAGUGCAUUCGUCAAUACACAAAUCCGGAGAACAUGGAGCGUCUUAGAUUGGAGUACAUCAACCUUAGACGGAAAGAGUUGGCGGCUGAGGUGCCUCUCAAGCCUUGAUGAUGACGUUUUGUUUCCCUAUACUGCUGUGCAUUCAGAGGGCAUUUCAUCUUACUUGGGCACGCCUCACAUCUGUAUUUGUUCUGAUAAACAAUGACACUACUCAUUUAUAUUCUGAUUGUUGCAGGAUUCAGUCGCGUCGUGUCAGGAAAGAAAAGGGCUUGCUCAGUUGUUCUAACCCCAUGCUCUCCAUUCAGCGCGCGCAUUGAUGCUCUCUCCGUGCCUGCUGAGUACUCUCCAUAUUUCAUUCGGUACUGUCUGUCAUGGUCACCACCAAUCGUUGCACUCGGCAUAAUUGCGGGCCGAACCCUAGGCCGGAAUGACGGCGGGAUGCUUCGUCCCAGCUUGCACCAUCUAGUACCUGCUCGCGUUCUGCCCUCGAACAUGUGACCUUCUUUCUCCUCCCUCACACCACAAGAUAUGGCCCAACUCACCCUCCAGUCCGCCGUGAAGCUCAACUCCGGGUAUAGCAUGCCCCUACUGGGAUUUGGCGUCUGGGCUUCCCCCGGACAUCUAACGGCACAAUCAUGCGUGUACGCUCUCCAGGCUGGAUAUCGGCAUAUCGACACCGCCCAAAUGUACCGGAACGAGUCCGAGGUCGGGGAUGGUGUGCGCGAGUUCUGCAAGCAGAGCGGGGUGAAGAGGGAGAAUAUUUUUGUGACAACGAAGAUGUCAGCGCCUGAGGCAAGUCAUGAUGAGACGAUGACAGCCUUGAAGGCUAGCGUGGAUAAAAUUGGGCUGGAUGGUUACGUCGACUUGUUCCUCAUACAUUCCCCUCGUUCAGGUCCCGAAGGACGUCAAGCUCUCUGGAAGGCCAUGGAGCAGCUGCACGCUGAAGGCAAAGCACGGAGCAUAGGCGUGAGCAACUAUGGACCAAGCCAUUUCGAGGAGAUGAGGGCGUACGCGAAGAUCUGGCCGGCUGUGAACCAGAUUGAGUUGCAUCCCUGGUGUCAGCAGCCUAAGGUGGUCGAGUAUUGCGAGGCCAAUCACAUCGCGAUCCAAGCCUACUGCCCUCUGGUGCGAGGCGAGAAAGCCCAAGACCCCACGCUGAUUCGCGUCUCGAAAAAACACGACAAGUCUUGGGCACAAGUGCUCAUCCGCUGGAGCUUGCAGAAGGGGUUCAGUCCACUACCAAAGAGCGACAACCCCGCACGGAUCGAGGCGAAUAAGGCUGUGUACGGAUGGGAGCUGGAUGAGGAGGAUAUGAAGGAAUUGGAAGGAAUGCACCAGGGUGCGAGCGGAGCGCUGGUGCGGGUUGCAGAGUAGACAUCGUCGGGAGACAUGGAAUUCGAAGUGGUCGAAGCCCCUACUUCGGGCCAAGAUGUUACCCUGGGGAACGGACGAGUGUCGUAAGAUAUAGAACUCCAGUCCCCACGGAACGCCUGACCUGUGACCCCUGAUUACGGGCGAACGAUGUAUAUAAUGCAUUGAAAGUGCAGAUAACUUGUUUACAAGACAA